GACUGUUUUAUAAAAAGGUGCAACCAAAUGAGAUCUAUUCCUGUUUGCAAUAAAAAAAAUUUUGCUAUCAAGAAUUCUUCCUGAUUUAAGUGUGCUUUAAUUAUGAAAAAAUGUAUUUUGAGGAUAAAAUUCUAGCAGAUGGUACCUCGGCUUAAACAGAAAGACAUGCAUACUUAUACUUAGUUUUCGUAAGAGAUUCGUUUUGCAUUCUGCUAUCAUAUUUAACUUUCUUCUUCAGUCAUGGAAAUAAUGUCGCCAGUAUUAUUGCUGCUGUGAAAAACAAUCAUGUUUGUAGCGCGGGGAUAGCUUUUCAUUCACAAAUUGCUGGUAUGAGUAUUACAUUGGUUCCAUGAAUUAAAACAAAAAAAUAAGUUAUUGGUGAACUGAAAACUGAACGUUUAAACAAUUUAAAUAUGCGACGUUCAUAGUAAAGAGGCUUAUUUGUCAGGAGAUACAAGGAUAUUUUUAUGAAAAAAUAAUAUAAUCUAUUUUUUACAAUAUUCUUAUACAUAAUUCAUCCAGUUUUGAAAUCGCCAAAUUGAAUGCCAACUAUACAUGUCAUGUAUAAAUGUAAUAAAUGUUUAGUUCUUAUUGAACUUAUUUUAGUUCGAUUGUGUUGGAAGUGAAAGGUAAUUUAUAUGCAAACUUUCAAAUCCGUUUCUGAAAUAAACCAGCACUGAGCAAGGGAGUAAAGUUUGCUGCUAAAGAAACAAACGACUUACUUCUGUCAGAGUUUAAACCCACGCGACUUAGAUUUAGAUGCGUUAACCAGUCAGUUAUGAUGCCACAUGUUUUGAGGAAUAUAUAUAAUGAAACAAUAUAACAAUGAAUACAAAGCCACGGAUGUAGCAAGCUUACUUUCCGUCCUGAUAAAUUAUUAGUUUGUUUUAAUUUGAUAUAUUCUAAUAAUGAGCUAAAAUUAUUUCAAUUGUUUCAGUUUUGAAAGUGUUUGAAUUUAGUUAUAAUGAUCGUUUAAAACUAAGUCCAUACCCCUGGACAGCGUCUGAUGUUUUAUCUAGAGCACUCGUCUAUAAACUACAUGAUAUUGAAAUAUUAGUGUUGGCAUGGACAUUCAAGAAAACAUUUGAUAGAUUAGACUUAGCAACAAGGGAAGCAAUUAUUGGAGGAGUUAAAGAAGGUAGAAAUGGCAGAGGCAGAAUAUACGUUGUGGCGGCGGGACCAAUUGGCAAUGAGUUAACAAACAAUAUCAAUACAAUUACGGUAAAUGGCAUGUGUACAAAUGGCUCCAUUUCAACAAAGACGUACCGUGAUACUAGCGUCCUUACGUCAGGACUUUUUGUCGGUAACAGUCUCGCGUCGUCGUACAUGUUUACUACUACAAUCUACGAGGAAUGCAGUAUCGGGUUUAGUGGUGUAUCUGCAGCCACUUCACAAGUUGCCGCAAUCAUAGCAUUAGCCCUUCAAACAAAUCCGAAUUUAUCUACACGUAGUAUCCAGCAUCUACUAGUUAGAUCAAGCCAAGCUAAUGGUCUAGAGGAGUCGCAUAAUUUCAAGCCCAACGGAGCAGGAAGACGUUAUCAUCCAUAUUUCGGUUUCGGACUAUUGAAUGCAACAAAGAUGGUAGAACUAGCUAUGAAACAAGAUCACCCAUCUUAUCUGUUAUCUAAAAAAUUCGAGUUGGCUGAAAGAUCAUUCAAAAGUACAUUCAAAGAAAGAUUUUACUACUUUUGUAACAGAAAAAACGACUUUACAUGCAUUGAAGCAGUUGAACAUGUUGCUGUAACAUUGGACAUAAUGACGAAUGCAAAGCACUUAAGUUUAAGCGUGACCUCACCAUCGGAAACAAUUUCUUUAUUUUUAGAAAACUUUGAAGUAAGUUUAUUACAUGCUCAUGUUUUAUGUUAUGUUGUUAUGUUAUGUGUUGUUAUAUUUUUCUUGUCCUUCGGGUUCAUUGAUGCGAGCUCUAUUAAGUGUUGA